AUUCUCAUCAACCAUAUAGUUUUCUAUUUCAAUUUUCAUCUAACAUUUAUUUAAUUUUAUUCUUUGUCUUCUUUAUAUUAUUUUUUUUUUUCCCCAAUGGCUCAAAUAACAAGUUCAAGAUCAAAUACAAAAGUUUUUUAUGUUUUGGGCUUGUUCAAUAUUUUGAUGUUGUUACAAAAUGCCAAUUGUUAUGAGUUUAAAGUUGGAGGCUCUGGAGAUUGGAGUGUCCCUAUGGAUGCCAAUGCUAAUAAUUACAAUCAAUGGGCUGAAAGGAGUAGAUUUCAAAUUGGUGACACGUUAUCUUUUAGCUACUCUGCUGAUAAAGACUCAGUGCUUCUUGUAAACAAGGCAGAUUUUGACAAUUGCAACACUGCUUCUCCCAUAGAGAAGUACAGUGAUGGACAGAGUGUGGUUAAGUUUAACCACUCUGGUGCAUACUUCUUCAUUAGUGGUGUUCAUGACAACUGUGUCAAGAAUGAAAAGUUGCAUCUUGUAGUCAUGGCUGACAGAAGUCACAACAACCAAACAGCUUCUUCUCCUCCUCCAUCCCCAUCAGUAGACGAAGUUCCUCCGUCUCCGGCCCCGUCUGGUGAGGAGGCACCAUCACCACCAUCUGACUCAGGUGAGACCAACCAAACACCAGCUCCUUCUCAAGAAUCAUCUCCUCCGAAGAAUGGUGCUUCGUCGACCGUUAUGAGCUUUGUUGGCUCUGCUGCAGCUCUUGUUGGUUCAUCCAUACUGUUGGGAUUCUGAUAAAGAGAUGAUUGACUUGUUUCUAUUUGUUUUGUUUUGAUUGUUUUCAUUUUUUUGGGUUUUGUGUUUCAUGAUUUUCCUACUUUGUUCUCAGUGAAUGUAGCUGAGAGUAAAAGGGUGUAUUGAUUUGUAUUGGUUGUAUGUGAUGAAAAAUAAAUAAACUAAAUGUUUGUGUAUAGACUGAGGAUUUGUUUCA